AUGUCAAAUAAUGACUCUACUAAAAAAGUUAUUCUUAUCGGUCUUAGUGGAUGUUCGUCUACAGGUAAAACUACGUUAGCCAAAUUGGCCUCACAAUUUCUUCCAAAUUCAGUUCUUAUACAUGAAGAUGACUUUUAUAAGCACGAUGAAGAAGUACCUAUGAAUACAAAAUACGGUAUUAGAGAUUGGGACUCCCCAGAAGCAUUGAAUUUACUAUUGUUUAAAAAAGAAUUGAACAUUAUUAAGAAUACUGGACAAAUAGCGACUAAGUUAAUUCAUAACAAUAACGUUGACAAUAUUAGCAAAUUUGCUUUAUCUGAAAGUUUUUUGGAAGAGUUAUCACUCAAAACUCAAUCCAUUGAUGACAAAUACAAUUUGGUCAUUGUAGAUGGAUUCAUGUUAUAUAAUAAUAAUGACAUUUCAUCGGAAUUUGAUUUAAGAUUAUUUAUCCGAGCACCAUACAAGACUCUAAAAAAGAGAAGAGAUUCAAGAAAUGGAUACCAGACACUGGAUUCAUUUUGGGUUGAUCCACCUUAUUAUUUUGAUGAGUUUGUUUAUAAAUCAUACGAAGAAAAUCAUAAAUCGUUAUUCCAAAACGAAGAUGUUGAAGGUAAAUUGACGACUCAAGCUGCAAAAGAAAUUAGAGACUUUAAUAAUGAUGACGGUGUAUCUAUUGAAGAAUCAUUAUCAUGGGUUAUCGACCAAAUUGCUUCAUUUUGCAAAGAUUAA